AUGAAUGUUAAUCGUUUUCAUUUCAUUGAAGGUGAUACUGAUUCAUCUUAUUGGGCAAUCGCUGGCGAUCCAAAUCUUCCUAACACUCAAGCAUUUCAAGCAAUUGUUACCGAUAAACAGUUUUAUGAUAAAAACAUUUUCAAAUUCGCACCAUUUGAUUUCUUCUGUUUUGAUGAAAAAUUUAAACCUAAAUUAAAGAAUAAAGCUGAAGAAAAAGCACAUGAGAAGAAGUUAUUGGGUUUAGCAAUUGAGAAACAAGGUGAUAACAUGGUUGCUUUAUGCCCUAAGUGUUAUACAUCAUUCAACGGUUCAAUUGAUGGAAGUGAUUUUAAAAAGAUUGCACAAAAAAUGAAAGGUGUUAGUUUACGACAAAAUAGACAAUUAACACCUAAAAAUUAUUUGGAUAUAAUAAAUGAUAAAGUGAUAUUUGAUGGUCAGAAUAUUAAUUUACAACUUAAAAACAGGUCAAUGACUCGCUUAACAAUCGGUAAGACUGCAUUAACAGGAGCACACACUAAGGCUGUAUGUUGUGAAAAUGGAUGUUGUAUGCCAUUUAUUUAA